AUGACUUGCUUAUUUGAUUUACCACCAGAAAUCAUUGAAAAGAUUGUGGUACAUGUACCAUCUUAUUAUAUUCCAAGGGAUGUUUUACCACACGCGUUACUGUAUCUUAGUACUGAGAACUAUUGUCGUUAUAUUUUAGGAGGAAUGUUCAUUGCUUGUAAUCCCAAUCAUUUUGAUUGUCUUUAUAUUAAUGUUUUCUCCAGGGACAUUUCUUUGACAGAAAAUAAGAAUUAUAGAAUUGUUGAUAAAUAUUUUGCGGAGUCUAUAGUAUUGUCAAGUAAUUUCAAUUUCCUGUCAAUUCCAACACCUCUUAUUAGAGUGUGGACAGGUGUCCCUGAUUUAAUAAUACCACUAGAUUUAUCUGUAACAAAUGAGAGAACAUUUAAUGAUUACAAAAAUGAAAUCAUUAGUAGAUUAUCGACUGAAGAUUACAAAAAAUUGGAAUUGUUCAGGUGGGAACGGAAUUCUAAAUUCCUAUAUUCUAAUUCUCGAUAUUUCAAACAACAUGAUGUCAAAUAUAUUAAAAAUUUGAAAUUUAUAAUGGAUGAUACAACUAAUUACUAUCAUUUAUUUUAUCCUUUGAAGCCAGAAAUCCUAACUAUUGCUAUUGAAUCUAGAAAGAGGGUCUAUUGUGGAUACCAAAUUACAACAGCUAUAGAUUUAGCAAAUGUGGUGAAAUUCAAAUUAGAAUGUACCAGAUAUGAUUUCACCAUUUCAGGUUGGAAUGCUAUAUACGAAGAAUUAAAAAGAGUUAGAGAAUUUAACAUUGAUCUUGGAUUUAUUGUUCUCCCAGAUUUUGUCCCCAGUCGAAAGAAGUCAAUCUCCAGCUAUAAUUUAACAUUAUUUGGGAGUACUCGUUUUGAUUACUUGGACACGCAUGUUUUCAGAAAGAACAUUUUGAGUUCCUUGCAACCAGCUUUAGCUGAUGAUGCUUGCUGUGUUGUUACUAUUAUACACCAAAAAAGACAUAUACAUGUACAAAGUCGUGAGCCACUUCCUAUUGAAGGUCUCUGGCUCUUGUUGUUUUGCUUUUUUGUUUUUUCCUUCUUUUAUUUUGCAGUCGGGUUUGUUGCCCCUAAAUGA